AUGGCUACUGUUGCUAAGAGAAGUCUUAAUGGAUUCGGGGAAGGCACAUUCAAAAGAAGAAAAAGUUUGGUGAUCCCAAAGAGCACCAACCCUAAGAACGACGAAGGAAUCUCUGAAUGUUUCCACAAGUUCAGCACAGCCCUAUAUGUAUCAUUGGCCCCCUGUCAUCUUAAUAACCCUAUUAAUGGGAUCAAGGCCCAGCAUUUAGAUCCUAUGGUGAUGACCUAUUUCGGUAAAGCACAAGGAGUGAUUUUAUCAUAUUCUAAUAUACAAUUAUCUGGAGACAAUAGAGGAUUUGAUGUGGAAGAUAAUGAAAUAACCAUAGCUCAAAUUGAAGGAUCGUCCCCAUUUACAUUCAUGUGGAUAACUGUUGAUUUUUUGGUUUGGAAACCUCAACUUGGAGAUGUUUUAGAAGGAUACAUAUACAUGCAAACUGCCUCACAUCUUGGGUUAUUGAUCCAUGAUACCUUUAAUGCAUCUAUUAAGAAAUACAACAUUCCCAACGACUGGAGCUUUAUACCCAUUCAAGAAGAUGAGAUAGAAAGCAGUGAAGAAGAUGGGGGGAAGUUCAAGACUUUUGGGUAUUGGCAAAAUGAACAUGGCAUUAAAGUUGAAGGUAAAUUGAGGUUUACUAUUAAAUCAAUUCAUUCCACUGGGAAGGUUGUUUCUGUUGAAGGGACUUUGAUUGAACCUGGUGAAGAACGGGAAAGUCAACCGGUUGCUAGAGAACGUCGUUCUUCGAUAGCCACCACCAAUCAAAAUGCUCCAAACUCUCAUACUAAAUUUGAUGAUGAGCAAGAAGAAAUUGCUGUAUCUAAAGUAGAUGAUGAUAUUCCUGGGUAUACUAAAGAUAACGAAGAUGAGGACGUUAUCAAUGAAUCAUCAGAAGAUGAAGAAGAUGAAGAAGAUUCAGAUUAG